AUGAGCGAGACCCCUCGACUUCGGUCGGCCUUUCCCACCACUCCAAGAACCGAGUCUUCACAGCUGCGAACUUUCAAUAGCAAUGCGCAACCAGUGUUUGCCUCUUCCCAGUCGCGGCAGUCCUACAGAUCUUCACCCAUAACCAAACCCAUACAAACAACCAAUAAAGCAAGAGACGAUUCACCCCUCAUAUCCGAAGAUGUCAUCGAUGCGCCCACGCAGCGAAUGUACGUCUUUGCUUUCUGGGCUUCGUUAUGGGGGUGGAGGAUCUACAAUGCAUGCAGUAUUGAGGACGGUACAGAUGCCACUUGGCAGUUCCUCAAAUGGAGUGGCUUGGACGUAUGCUGGUUGAUCUCUUUGCCCUCCUUAAGGAUACCAAAGCUGCAGUUCUCUAUCUGGGUCUUGCUGGCCAUCUUGAUCGUCCAUUUCUUCGCCAAUGCGUUCAUGAUGUUCAGGAUAACGCCUCCAUUGAUGUUCUGGGUUGGACCUCUUUGGAAAUUUUUCGAUCCAAGCGAGCAAUCAUUGUCAGGAGCCAAAGUCAAAGUGGACACGAUUCUUCACAAUUCCUCCAUCAUUCUCGGCCAGCAAACAAUUCACAUUUUGCCAGACGGAUUGGCCAUAUUUAACCCCGAGAAAACUUCAUUCUGCCUAGACCCCGCAAAUACAGCGAUCGAGCUUCCGAUACGCAUCAAUCAGACCGACCCUAUACUUAUCGAAUUGAGCAGAUAUGAUCUUGACACCGACGAGGUUGAGCUUAUUACUAUCCACAGCAAAAAUCUAAAGCAAAUGAUUAAGAAAGCCGAAUCCGCAGCACAAGGUUUGGGGAAAGGUACCCCGCUCACGCUAUAUUACUCCGUUAAGAAGACUGGUCUUUAUCAAUUAAGCCGCGUGAUGGACAAAUCCGAACUACAAGUACGAAGCCGUAGUUUUGAUGCGGCAGUCGUCACAUGUCCCAACGCUUCAAUAUCCUCGAAAUCCGUGGACAGAUGUACUGGAGAUUUGAGCAGUGUGUCAUUAAGAGUCGAAGGGGUUCCUCCAUUCAUGGUGAGGUACAGCAAGACAGUAAAUGGAAAACAAUUCAGCUCCAAUGUGCAAAAUGUUCAGCCUUUGCUAGAUGACUAUCUCAAGCCUGAUGAUCCAUCUAGCGUGGUGCUUGACCCUCGGAAGCCGCAUGUUGGUUGGACAAAAUCCGUGGGCGAAUCAUUUGAGAUCAAUGAAUCCCUUCAUCAAAAUGGAACCCAUUCCUACGUUAUCGAAUCAGUUGAAGAUGGAUUGGGCAACAAAAUCCUAUAUGGUUCUCCCAGUCCAAAGGACCUCCAUGCACCACGGGUACAAAGUUUGGUAGUGCACAAUCGACCUCAAGUGAGACUUCAUGACUGCAGCCCCGAUCUGUUGAUUCCAAUACCAUCUGGAAAGACCACGCGACUUCCCAUACGGAUCCAAGAUCCCGCUAAGCUUCAUGCGUCCGACUGGCCCUUGACAUUGAAGUAUCGCUUUGUGGCAGAGACAAACGAAGAAGUUCCUCAAAUUGAAGUAUUUGCUCAUGAAAUGACAGACGACCGGUCUGGGCCCACAAUUGGGAAAGCUGGUCGCUACAGCAUCGAUUCCAUUGCUGGGCGGUUUUGUCCUGGAGAAGUACUUGAGCCCUCUUCAUGCAGUUUGUUCAAUCCACCAGAACCAGAUAUUUCAGUGGCAAGAGAAGAUAUCUUUGACAAAUGUGCUGGAAAUUCAAUUGGGAUGACUCUGAACCUCGAUUUCACCGGAACACCACCAUUCAAAGUCAUGUACAAUGUUGCACGCGAAGGCAAAGCUCGACCUCAGGUAAAAUCGUUCUCAACGAUGCGUGGUCAAAUUGAAUUACUCGAACAGUCUGCCGGAACUUACACCUAUACUUUGAACCAGAUCUCGGACUCUGUUUACGAACCUAAUUCUCUGAAAGAUCGCGGCCUCGUGUUUCAACAGACUAUCAGACCACCAGCUUCUGCGGUGUUCCAAAAUUCUCAAACCAUCAUCAAGGCAUGCCUGGGUCAACCCGUGCCUGAGACGGUCAAAUUGCUUGGUGAAGGACCAUGGGAACUCGAAUAUGAAGUCAUCCAUGGUGGGAAGAGAAAGAAGCAUACUAUUCAUUCAGACACAGACCUUGUGACCAUCGAUUUCCCUGGCCAGACAGAUGGAGGUCGAUAUACUUUGAUGUUGGCCAGUGUCCAAGACAAGUCUCGAUGCAAGACCAUACUCAAGGAAGAACGACACCUUGAAAUACGGCCUGACCAGCCCACCGCUGCUUUCGGUGACAUUCAAGGUAAAAGAUCCAUUCUUGCCCUGGAUGGAAAAGAGGCCAAAAUUCCUCUACGUCUGAAAGGAAAUGCACCAUGGGCGGUGAGGUUUCAAAUGUUGAACGAUCCAUCUAGCUCCGUUGAGCAACAUUUCCGUCAACCAAAUGCAUUUUUCACUGUCAACAAACCGGGCAAUUAUGAGAUUGUGUCUGUCCAUGAUCAGUGCUCUGGCCUUGUUGAUCCCACAGCCAGUCAAUUUCAGGUCAAUUGGAUCCCCCGACCUUCGCUAGAAGUCAAAGACCCAUCAUUGGCAGAGGAUAGUGUCAGUGGCCUUCGCAAGGCGCCUGUCUGUCAGUACGAUGAAUCAGCACUGGCGCUUGCCAUGAGAGGCACUCCGCCCUUUAGUGUGAAAUAUCAGCAAAAGUAUGAACCCACCAAAGGUGGGGCUUCAAUAAGCAACAAAGAAAGCAACUUUGUUGGCAUGAGCGCACUCAUCAACCUAGACACAUCCAAAGCCGGCGAAUAUACGUACGUAUUCUCUGAAUUGGGUGAUGAACGCUAUGCUCCUGACAAGAAGCGAUUUUCACCCAUCGUUGUGAAACAGCAAGUCUUCGCGCCACCCUCGGCAAGAUUCAAUCAACCAGGGAAAACAUACAGUUAUUGUCAAGAUGAUCCCAGCUUCACGAGUCAUGGCGUAGAGACCGAAAACAUACCAAUUGCCCUUACCGGAGUGCCUCCUUUCAAUCUUGAGAUCGCAAUCACGCAUCAUGGGCAGGCCCCUCGACCUGAAAUCAUCCGGCAGAAAGAUAUUCAAACAAACAUUUACUCCUGGCCACUGUCUCGAACCACCCUGGAUCUAGGGAUUCACAGCAUUGCCAUCCGCUCGGUCAAGGACAGCCGAGGCUGUGAGAGUAAUCUUGAGUCUGACCCAUCUUCUGUUCGAGUACAAGUAUCCUCGCCACCAAGCAUCAGCCCACUUCAAUCACAAGAGAACUUCUGUGUUGGCGAGCACGUGUCGUUCUCACUAAGCGGCCAAUCGCCGUUCGAGGUGUUCUACAAUUUCGGCGGUCAGGAGAGAAAGGCCAAGGAGAAUAGUCAUGAGUUCAAGCGCCUGACUGACCGCCCUGGUGAGUUUGUUGUGACCGGCAUCAGCGACAGUGCAAUGGGCAGCGGUAAAUGCCGCGCAAGGAAAGAGAUCAAGAAAACGAUCCGUCCCUACCCGACAGUCAAACUAGCUCAAGGCAAAUCACUAACGAGCGACAUCCACGAAGGUGGUGAAGUUGAAAUCCACUUCAGCUUCAGCGGUACUCCGCCCUUCGAAUUCACGUACACACGGUCCGAAGACGUCAAGGGCCACGCAGGGAAAAUCCUCGAGACGCGACACGACACGUCCUAUGAGUACAGCAAAGUGAUUCGCGCGAGCGACGAGGGUAUCUACCAGGUCGUGUCUAUCAAAGACAGCUACUGCUCGUACACGAAACCCACGCACAAGAAGCAUCGUGAUUCCAGUGGCAAGGGAGGGAGUUUUCAGAAGCUCUUGAAUUUUUGA